AUGCCUAAGGACAUUGAGCACCGAGAUGGCCAACACGAGGCGGACGCGGAACACGACGUUCGAGAAACAGACGGCCGUGACGGGGCACCAGCAAACGCAGAGGCAGAUGUGAAGAAGGAGGACGAAGAUUCGAGAGAAGGCGAGGGCGAGGGCGAGGGUCAUGAUGAACGGGGCCCGAAGCCGACAUGGCGCAGGGUCAUUGGUUUUAUCCUGGCGCAAUGGCUCAUCAUUGGCUUCGGCCUCGCGUGCUUGUUUGCAUACUUCUGGCCCCACGUCGCGGCCAAGGGCGGGCCCAUCCGCUCCGAGUACAGCAUCAUCUACGGCGCCAUCGCCGUCGUCUUCGUCAUCAGCGGCCUUCAGCUCUCGCCCGUCAAGCUGCGCGAACACGCGACCAACUGGCGCCUUCACCUGCUCGUGCAGGGCAUCUCGUUUGUUGCCAUCCCCGUCGUGCUGCUGAUCGUGCUGCACGUCUCGGUCGCCGCCGGCGCCCUGCGUGACCGCGUGCUCGACACGAGCGUCUUUGUCGGCAUGCUGGUGACGGCGUGCCUGCCGACGACCAUUGCCUCCAACGUUGUCAUGACGCGCGCUGCCGGCGGCGACGAGGCGGCGGCCAUCAUCGAGGUCGUUCUCGGCAACGUGCUCGGCGCCUUCCUCUCGCCGGCGCUCAUCUUCGCAUUCCUCCCCAAGACGGCGCCCUUUGCGCCCUGGCAGCCCGCGAGCCCGUCGACGCUGGGCCCCAUGUACGCCGGCGUCCUGCGCCAGCUGGGCCUCACGGUGCUGCUGCCGCUGGCCGCCGGCCAGAUCAUCCGCCGCUUCUUCGAUGGGCCCGUCUCCUGGGCGCUCCGCGUCCUCCGCCUCGCCAAGCUAUCGGGUGUCUGCCUCGUGCUCCUCAUCUGGACGACCUUCUCCGGCGCCUUCCACACCGGCGCUCUGCAGGACACGCCGCCCGCGAGCAUCAUCUUUAUCGUCUUCAUGAACCUCGCCCUGUACGCCCUCUUCACCAUACUGUGCUUCUUCGCCGCGCGGCCGCCCCUCGCUCUGGCGCGGCCCGGUAUGGCGGGCGGAAGUUCGUCCUGCGUCGACAUGUCGGGAACGGCAUCAGGCAGCGCUGCCGCUGCCCAGAAUCUUAUCGAGGUAGGCCCCGGGCGAGAGGAUUAG